AUGAUUGUGAACAUUGUCGGUGCUUCUUGCAAAAGGAGAGAUGUGUUACUUCAAAAGCACCAUGAUAAGAUUAUCGAGAAAUUGGACAGAUGUGAGAUCUACUCAGGAAGGGGCCAACAUCAAGAGACUAAUCUUGCAAGACCUGGUGAUACUCGGUGGGGCUCACAUUAUACAACUUUAAUCCACCUAUUUACUAUGUGGGAAUCAGUAUUAGAGGUAUUAGAGAUUCAGAAAGAUCAAAACAUUGUUAAUACAAUGGAGUUGAUAGUAAUUGUAAAAGAACUAAUGCAAGACUUGAUUGAAAAUGGAUGGGGUGCAUUUUUAGAAGAAGUCAGGAACUUUUAUGUUGCAAUGUCAGUUUCAGUACCCAAUAUGGAAGAUAGUAUACCAGUUCAAGGUCCUUCGAGAUGUGGAAGGCAAUUGGUUACUUAUUAUCAUCAUUAUCAUGCGGAGCUCUUUAUUGCUGUGAUUGAUUUAUAUACUGCUAUAAAGUUAUUAAGAUGCAUUGCUUGUGUUGAUCCAAGAAACUCUUUUUCAAAAUUUGAUCAUGGUAUGCUUGUUCGCAUUGCUCAGAUUUACUCUGAUGAUUUCUCCACAUCCGAUCAUCUUAUCUUGAAAGAGCAACUUCGCAUAUAUAUGCUUGAUGUGAGAAGAAAUUUUGAUUUUUCAAGUUAUUAUGAUCUUGCAAGUCUUUCUAUGAAAAUGGUUCAAACUAAUAAGCUUUUGACUUUUCAAUUGGUUCAUCGCCUUAUUGAAUUGGCAUUGAUCUUACCGGUGGCAACAACAAUAGUUGAAAGAGCGUUUUCAACAAUGGAUAUUAUCAAAACAGAUUUGCGAAACAAAAUAGGUGAUGAAUAG